UUGUUGUUGUUUUUUGAGCGCUCUACAUGCCUUCACCCCAUAUGUUUACUAACAUUUCCCGGUCUCCCACUGUUUUUAUAUUCUGACUGCAUUGGCUGGCUGCUGCAUAUCAGAUUGAAAUGACUCUCGACGGCAUCGAAUAUCGAGUGCUGGAACUGUUCAGUGGAAUAGGAGGCAUGCAUUAUGCCAUCAAACGUUCCGGAAAAUGCUACAAGGUGAUGGCCGCAAUAGACAUCAACCCAGUGGCCAAUACUAUCUACAAUCACAACUUUGGUGCAGAUCAAGCGAUGAGCAGAAACAUUCUCAGUUUAACUCCGGAACGUAUAAGAAAGCUUGACGUGAAUGUAAUUCUCAUGUCGCCUCCGUGUCAGCCUUUCACCCGAAAUGGCAAUUUCAAAGACGUUGAUGAUAGACGAGCUGAUCCAUUCGUGCAUUUGUGUGAUUUGCUUGGCAAUAUCCCAACUGUGCAAUUCAUACUUCUUGAAAAUGUGAAAGGUUUCGAACGAUCUCAGGCAUGUGAACUUUACAAGACAAAACUUUCUGAUGCUGGGUUUUACUUCAAAGAGUAUAUACUUUCACCUCAUAACUUCAACGUUCCCAAUACUCGCCAUCGCUACUACUGUGUGGCCAAACGAACUGCAUUUAGCAGCACUGACACGCAAAUAGUGACUGAACCAUCGCCGCGGCACAUCCAGCCGCCGAUAUCUAUCGGCGAUAUUGUGGAACCGGAGUCCGAAAAUCUAAAUCGAUAUCUGUUGAAAGACGAUUUGCUUCGCAAAAGACUAGCAAUUAUGGACAUUUGCACACCAGACUCCACCAACUCGAUGUGCUUUACCAAAGCGUACACUCACUACGCUGAAGGGACAGGUUCAGUGUACAGCCCACUGGGCAAAACGGAUUUCGAUGCUAUCUACAAACAGGCUGAGCUUGCACUCGAUGAAAAUGACCGGUUGGGCCUACUGAGGAGGCUGAAAGUGCGGUACUUCACACCGACAGAGGUCGCCAGGCUGAUGUCAUUUCCUGAUGAUUUUCAGUUUCCGAAUGAAAGCACAGACAAACAGCGUUACCGAGUGCUUGGGAACAGUAUCAAUGUGUUGGUUGUAAGUUCGCUGUUUGAUGAGAUGGAUUAAGUACUGAAACUGUUGUAGAAAUAAAUUUAGUCUAUUGGAA